AUGGAAUCCGCAAUACAUGGAGAUUUACAUAACUAUCUUUUAAAAAAUCUUAAUAAAUUAUCCUGGAAGGAAAAGUUGGAUAUAUUACGUCUUAUAGUACGGAAUCUUAAAGAACUUCAUGAAAAAAUAACAUUCACUGUGACUUUCGCAGCGGUGUUCAAAAAUGGGCAUUACACUAAAAAAUCAGAUAUAUAUAGUUUAGGCAUGAUUUUUUGGAAGAUAGGAGCGGAUAUAAAACCUUUUUAUGAUAUCAUGGAUGGUCUUAGUCCUAAUUUUAUUGAUGGUAUUCCUAAAGAAAUCGUUGACCUAAUGAAGAAAUGUUGGGAUAAUGAUCCUUUAGAACGUCCAACAGCACAUGACAUAGUAAAUGAACUAAACAUUAUUAUCCAAAAGCUAGAUGAGAAACAAAUAUCUUUUCCUUCGCAUAUAAACAUGAUUAAUCAACAAUCUACACAUACGAGUUACCUACCGAGUUCUUUUAUUAGCAAGUUCUUAAAAACUUAA